CGCCUGGCCUGGCCUGAGGCCUGGUCUGUCCUUGUGAGGCCGGAGGGCGGCGGAUGGAAGAGAACGGAGAGAGAGAGAGAGAGAGAGAGAGAGAGAGCAAACAGAGGAAUUGAUCAGCAGCUGAACAGACUGGAGAGAGAGAGAGAGAGAGAGGGGGGGGGGUCUGGGGAGAACUGGCCCUGAUUUAGAGGAGUUGUAGGGACUGGGAUGUAUAGUUCACCUGCAAUCUAAGAACUGCACUCUGAACCCCACCAAUGAUGGACCUGGAACUCACUUGGCACACGGAACCCCAUGUAACUCAACCUACUGGAGGAGUUGGAGGGGACAGACUCACCAUGGUGGGAGUUGUAGUUCAGCCUACAGCCAGUAAGCACACUGGACCCCACUCGUGAUGCAUCAAGAGCAAACUUACCCAACAUACAAACUUGGAAGUAUUGAUGGAGUUUCUGGGGGUUAACUUGGCAUGAUGGGAGUUGUAGUUCACCCACAAUCUUAUGAGUUUUGGACAAUUAAAACACUGACUUUGUGAUCUUGCUGAAUUCCUACAUUCACUUUGGAUUAUAGAGCAGAACGGAAGAGUCGGAAGAGACUGCAGGAGGCACCCAGUCCAGGCCUCUGCCGUGCAAGGAAAGUGCAAAGUACCCCUGACAGAUGUGCAUCUGGCCUCUGGUUAAAGGAUUCCAGAGGAGCCUCCACUACAUUUUGAGGCAGAGAGUUUCACUGUCGAACAGCUCUUACAGUCAGGAAGUUCUUCUUAAUGUUCAGAUGGAAUCUACUUUCCUGUAAUUUGAACCGACUGCUGUGAGUAAUCAGAAAGGGAAAAACAAGAAUCAAGUGUCCUUAUUGGAAUUAAAUAUACAUAACACUGCUGACAUGGAGGAGAAAGCAUAUAAAUGUAUCGAAUGUGGAAAUAGCUUUAGUCAGCAUGGAAACCUGAAGAGACAUCAAAGGACUCACACUGGGGAGAAACCCUAUAACUGCCUGGAGUGUGGACAGAGCUUCACUCAGAAGGGACACUUACAUUCACAUCAAAGGACUCACACUGGGGAGAAACCCUAUAACUGCCUGGAGUGUGGACAGAGCUUUACUCAGAAGGGACACUUAUAUUCACAUCAAAGGACUCACACUGGGGAGAAACCCUAUAACUGCCUAGAGUGUGGACAGAGCUUUACUCGGAAGGGACAGUUACAUUCACAUCAAAGGACUCACACUGGGGAGAAACCCUAUAACUGCCUGGAGUGUGGACAGAGCUUUGCUCGUAGUUCAGGACUACGUUCACAUCAAAGGACUCACACUGGGGGGAAACCCUAUAACUGCCUGGAGUGUGAACAGAGCUUUGCUUGUAGUUCAGCACUACGUAGACAUCAAAGGACUCACACUGGGGAGAAACCCUAUAACUGCCUGGAGUGUGGACAAAGCUUCACUCAAAGUUCAAGCCUGCGUAGACAUCAAAGGACUCACACUGGGGAGAAACCCUAUAACUGCCUGGAGUGUGGACAGAGCUUCACUCGGAAUGGAAGCUUACAUACACAUCAAAGGACUCACACCUGGGAGAAACCCUAUAAAUGCCUGGAGUGUGGACAGAGCUUUACUCAGAAAGGAUACUUACGUUCCCAUCAAAGGACUCACACUGGGGAGAAACCAUAUAAAUGCCUGGAGUGUGGACAGAGCUUUACUCAGAAGGGAAGCUUACAUACACAUCAAAGGACUCACACUGGGGAGAAACCAUAUAAAUGCCUGGAGUGUGGACAGAGCUUCACUCAAAGUUCAAGCCUGCGUAGACAUCAAAGGACUCACACUGGGGAGAAACCCUAUAACUGCCUGGAGUGUGGACAGAGCUUCACUCAUAGAUCAGACCUACGUAGACAUCAAAGGACUCACACUGGGGAGAAACCCUAUAAAUGCCUGGAGUGUGGACAGAGUUUUACUCAGAGUUCAGGCCUACGUAGACAUCAAAGGAUUCACACUGGGGAGAAUGGUAUUAAUUGACCCCAGAGUGUCAUUCUAACAAGUAGAAAAGCAACUCUUGCACAUUUUGGAAAUUCAAGCUCAAAGCUGGGACACUUCAUCACAUGUGGUAUAUUGUAGAAAGAUUGAACUAAAAUAUGUUCCAUUCUGGAAGUAAACAAGGUUACAUGAAACUAGAGUUUUAUAUGCUGAGAAUGUUGGAUGAUCAAUUAGAAUGAAAGCAUGGGUAGUUACUGCGAGAUACUCAAGUAAGAAUUGGCUGUACACAGGGAUAGGAGGAAUGUUUUAUUCCAAAGCAAAAACAAUGGCUUAUGAAGACCUUCAAAUUAGCCACAACGAACAAACUGACAACAACAACAUGGGCAAAUGUCAGUUGUAAUAGGUAUUAAUUGGGCGAGUGUUAUCAGAAAUAGAAGUGUUGUUAUAUUAUCUAAAUUGAGUAGAAUAAAGAGAGAUAAAAAUUAACAGAUAGAAUUAGGCUUUUAGGCAUGUAUCCCUGUCUGUUUGUUAGUUCAGUUGUGUGUCUGUGUAGGUCACUGUUUUGCUAGUGUGUUAGUUUCUGAUUUAGCUUUGUAUCUCAUGUAGUAGUUAGUUUCAUGUUCAGUUGAAGCAUUAUAAAUUAUUUCUGCCUUCCUUGUAUUGUUACUUUUAAUUUUUUAUUUCCAAAAAAUAGGGUGAUUCAUAAGGGUCAAAACGGCUGAAACUGGAGGGGUGGGUAGAAAUGGCUGACUAAUCGAUUUUCUGUAUUUGAAAACAAAUUGUAAUGCUUAGAACCGCUAUUUUGAAUUGUGAUGCAUGUUAACUAUAUAACUAUAUAAAAUUGAUUAUAGACAUAUAAUUGACACUGAAUCAGACAUGGAUACAGUAAAUUAGUCUUGAUGUAUCAAGGGUGUGUGUGUGUGUGUGUGUGUGUAAGGAACGGGAGUGUUUGUGUGGGUGCUUGUGAAGAACAGAAGAAACAGGCCUCAAAAGAAAAUGGAGUCCACGCAAAGUCUGACAUGGGAUGGACUUGGUGGGUGAAGCAAGGAAUCAGCAAGGCGUCUCUCACCUGGCAAGACGGAACGAGGGUCCAGGAAGGCCUAUCCGAAUAACCACGGGCAAUGAAGUGUGCAGCUGGCACCCCAUACGUCAUGCAGCCUGAGACUGAGCAUGUUUUGAAACCAGGCCGUAAGAACAGAAGGAACCGAAAGAAGGACGAAACUUUAGGCCAGGGGUCCUCAAACUUUUGAAGUGGGGGGCCGGUUCACGGUCCUUCAGACUAUUGGGGGGGCUGGACUAGGAUGAAAUAGUCCAAAAUUAGGACUGUUGUUGUUGUGUGCCUUCAAGUCAUUUCAGACUUAGGACAACCCCAAGUCUAAAGCUUAGGACAGGGGCCAGGUCAAUGACCUUGGGGGCCGCAUCUGGCCCACGGGCCUUCGUUUGGGGACCCCUGCUUUAGACUAUCAAAUGCAGGGGCCUCAAAGAUCCAGCACGCUUUCCGGAACCGCCGAGACCACGUCUGUCGGGAGAACGUGAUCACCUCUUCCGAGCAGGGCCUGUGCGUGAGAAUAUGGAUGUAUGGGUCUGCGUGUGGGUGAGAGCUCUCUCGGGAUGUGAUUUUGAUAGGAUUGUGAUGUGAUUAUCAAUAAAUGUUACAAUGAACGUGUUAAAACCAAA